AGGUACCUUGAGUGGACACGACGCCAAGUGCCCCUCUAACCCCAGGGACCUUGCACCACAGCGCGUCGUCUUCUAACACCCCGCUGUAUAAUUCUCCUGCGAGACUGAAACUGAGAUUGUGAUAUUCUUUUUUCUGUUCUUCGUCGCAACCACAACAGAAGAGCAUCUCGUCUUCCCCUAAGACCCUCCUACACAGGCCACAGGACAUAUCCUCAUCAUGGCUCCCCAAGAACCAGACCGUCACACCUUCUAUGCGGGCAAACCGCAGCCCUCGGCCGACUCGAAGGAGACAUUCCAAACCACCGACCCCUCGACCGGAAAGCCCGUCUGCACCAUCCACACAUCGAGCCCGUCCGCCAUCGACUCCGCCAUCCGCUCCGCCCAGUCCGCCUUCCCCUCCUGGUCCGCAACCCCGCCCAUCGACCGCGCCCGCAUCCUCCUCCGUGCCGUCGCCCUCCUACGGGCCCGGAACGACGACCUCGCCCGCCUCGAAACCAUCGACACGGGCAAGCCCUUCUCCGAGACCUCCACCGUCGACAUCGUCACCGGCACCGACGUCCUCGAGUACUUCGCCGGCCUCGUCGCCGCCGGCGGCCUGAACGGCGAGACCCUCCGCCUCCGCGACACCGUCCACGCCUACACCACCAAGGAACCCCUCGGCGUCUGCGCCGCCAUCGGCGCCUGGAACUACCCCAUCCAGAUCGCCCUCUGGAAGUCCGCCCCCGCCCUCGCCGCCGGCAACACCCUCGUCUACAAGCCCAGCGAGUUCACCCCUCUCCACGCCGAGCACCUCGCCUCCAUCUACCGCGAGGCCGGCCUCCCCGACGGCGUCUUCAACGUCGUCUACGGCGCCGGCGACGUCGGAGCCCGCCUCACCUCCCACCCAGCCAUCGCCAAGGUCAGCUUCACCGGCCAAGUCGCCACCGGAAAAAAGGUCGCCGCCUCCGCCGCCGGCGGGAUGAAAUACGUCACCAUGGAGCUGGGCGGCAAGAGCCCCCUCAUCAUCCUCCCCGACGCACCCCUCGACUCCGCCGCCGACGUCGCCCUCCUCGCCAACUUCUUCUCCUCGGGCCAGGUCUGCACCAACGGCACCCGCGUCUUCGUGCCCCGCCCCCUGCAGCGCGACUUCGAGCGCGCCCUCCUCGACCGCAUCCGCCACGUGCGGCCCGGCGACCUCUUCGACCCCGCCACCAACUUCGGCCCCCUCAGCAGCGCCCUCCACCGCGACAAGGUCCUCCGCUACAUCCGCACCGGCACCGAACUCGACCGCGCCCGCCUCCUCUGCGGCGGGCCCGAACCGGUCGACGGCCUCCCCGACUCCGUCCGCGACGGCUACUGGGUGCGCCCCACCAUCUUCACCGACUGCACCGACGACAUGGCCGUGGCCCGCGAGGAGGUCUUCGGCCCCGUCAUGUCCGUCCUGUACUACGACGCCGUCGACGAGGCCGUCCGUCGCGCCAACGCCACCGACCUCGGCCUCGCCGCCGGCGUCGUCGGCCGGGAUCUCGACCAGUGCCACCGCGUCAUCGCCCAGCUGCAGGCCGGCAUCACCUGGGUCAACACCUGGGGCGAGUCGCCCGCUGAGAUGGCGGUGGGUGGUUGGAAGUUGAGCGGCGUCGGGGUCGAGAAUGGUCGCAGAGGUUUGGAGGCCUGGGUACGGAAUAAGAGCACCUUGAUUGACAUGAGUGGGAGUGUGCCGACUGUUUUUACGAAGCUAUAAAACUCCAAAAUACGGUGACAAUCUUUUACAGCAACAAAAGGCCGAGCGAACGAGCGAACGAGGCUGAAAAUGUGUACGAUGAAUCGAGGGCAUUAUGUAUCUCUCUGGGUUACUUAUAUGGAAAAUACGGAAUAACUUACACGUAGAAUACAACACACAGAUAUCGAGCAGACUCGCUUGGGAUAACACGGUCACACAUAUGCUGGUAAUAAAUACUGUUAUUUUCUACUAUGUAUAAAUACCCCCUCCAGCCCUCUCAGAUUAGAUACAGGGUCACGGAAGACUAGACUUUGACCAAAGCAGGCAUG